CAUGGUUUUUCUCGCCGCGCACUCCUCCCCGCGAGCACUCAGGCAAAGUGUAAAAAUGGCGUCCAUCAUGGAGGGGCCGCUGAGCAAAUGGACUAACGUCAUGAAGGGGUGGCAGUAUCGCUGGUUCGUACUGGACUAUAACGCCGGGUUGCUGUCAUAUUAUACUUCCAAGGACAAGAUGAUGCGUGGCUCUAGAAGAGGCUGUGUGCGACUUCGGGGAGCUGUGAUUGGAAUCGAUGACGAGGACGACAGCACUUUCACCAUUACCGUGGACCAGAAGACUUUCCAUUUUCAGGCCCGUGACGCAGAUGAGCGGGAGAAGUGGAUUCAUGCCUUAGAGGGGACGAUUCUACGCCACACCCUUCAGCGGGAGGCAGAAACAGGAUUCGUUCCCAGCGUUCAGGACUUCGACAAGAAGCUAGCCGAAGCAGAUGCGUAUUUGCAGAUUUUGAUCGACCAAUUAAAACUCUUCGAUGAAAAAAUAAAAGACUGCAAGGAAGAUGAGUCGCGCAGAAAAAUUGAGAACCUGAAGGACACGACUUGUAGUAUGGUAGAGUCCAUCAAACACUGUAUCGUACUACUACAGAUUGCCAAGGAUCAAAGUAACGAACAGCAACACGCAAACGGACUGAUAAGCACCAUAAACCCAGUGGAUGGGGUAUUCCAGCCUACCCCUCUCAACCCCUCUGUAGUCAGUGCCAGUGCCAUGCCAACGCAGACCACUCUACCCACAGGGCAUAUGAAGGGUGUGUGUUCAUCCGUAGAUGGAGCUCAGGUGUGUAAAACGGAACAGAGGCCUUCUUCUUUACCCGUAGGCCCUGUUGUCACGGUGAUGGGGAGCCUUCAGACUCCCACUCCCAACAGCACAGGGAGUGGUCCUUCAGCUCCCAGCAGCAGCGUGACUUCACCCAGUCACAUGAACUUACCACCCCACACUGUUCCUGACUUCUCCUAUUCCAGCAGCGAAGACGAGUUUUACGACGCAGAUGAGUUUUAUCAGAGUAGCACCUCACCGAAACACUGCAUAGAUCCGAACAGAACAUCUGCUGUGACCCAUAAAGACAGCACAGUCCUGAAACGGCCAGACACCAACGAUUCAAUCAACUCCUCCAUGUCGAACGGCACCACUGAUGCAGAUCAGUUUGACAGUCAUGAUGAGAGAGAUGAUGAUGGCGAAGGUGAAUCUGUUGAAGAACACAAAAGUGUCAUCAUGCAUCUGCUGUCUCAAGUGCGACUGGGCAUGGAUCUCACCAAGGUCGUCUUGCCGACAUUUAUCUUGGAGCGGAGGUCGCUGCUGGAAAUGUAUGCAGAUUUCUUUGCACACCCGGAUUUGUUUGUAAGUAUUGCAGAGCAGCAGGAUCCAAGGGACCGCAUGGUGCAGGUUGUAAAGUGGUACCUCUCAGCCUUUCACGCUGGUCGGAAAGGAUCUGUGGCCAAGAAGCCCUACAACCCCAUUCUGGGCGAGGUGUUCUUCUGUCAUUGGGACCUGCCCUUGGAAACAGAGGAUCCUGCUGCUUCUGAGUCUGUAUCAGAUGGGCCAGUGCCGUGGAGUAGCAAAAACAGUGUGUCAUUUGUGGCAGAGCAGGUUUCUCACCACCCUCCUAUAUCUGCGUUUUAUGCUGAGUGUUACAGCAAGAAAAUCCAAUUCAAUGCCCACAUCUGGACGAAAUCGAAAUUCCUUGGAAUGUCAAUUGGUGUCCAUAAUAUUGGUCAAGGUUGUGUGUCUUGUCUUGAAUAUGAUGAACACUAUAUUCUUAAUUUUCCCAAUGGCUAUGGGAGGUCAAUCCUCACUGUUCCUUGGGUUGAGCUGGGUGGGGAGUGCAAUAUUUCCUGUUCCAAAUCUGGGUACAGUGCCAAUAUAGUUUUCCACACCAAACCCUUCUAUGGAGGAAAGAAGCACAGGAUAACUGCUGAGAUAUUUGCUCCCAAUGAUAAGAAGUCAUACUGCUCCAUAGAAGGAGAGUGGAAUGGUGUGAUGUAUGCAAAAUGGGCUACCGGGGAAAAUGCUGAAUUUAUUGACACAAAGAAAUUGGGCAUUGUUAAGAAGAAGGUACGGAAAUUGGAGGACCAGUUGGACUAUGAAUCCAGAAGUUUGUGGAAGGACGUGACAGUGAACCUGAAACUCAAGGACAUUGAUGCCGCGACGGAGGCCAAACACAGGCUGGAGGAGAAACAGAGGGCGGAGGCCAGAGAGAGGAAGGAGAAGGAAAUGCAAUGGGAGACGAGACUGUUUCAUGAGGACGGUGAAUGCUGGGUCUACGACGAGCCUCUCCUGAAGCGACUAGCAUCGCAACGACACUGAGGCCGUUUCCAAAACCACAGAGUCUAGAAAACAGAACUCUCUCGCAAACCACUUUUCUUAUUCAGCCUUGGAAUGACUGACGAAUGAACACUUACAGCUUUGCAUUUUCGAAGUUUGAAAGAAUAACAAGAAGAAAAGACGAACUCGAAUAAUGUAUACAAAUAAUAAAACAAACCCUCCCUGCUCGCUAGUUCAACACUUCCACCUCUCUACCACCCCUUAAGGAAGAAAAAACACCACAAACACAAAGAAGACGUGAUCAGAAGCCCUUCAGCAUCACAAAUCAAACAAGCGCUCUUGUCUCGGCAAAAGAAGAAUGAUCCCAGUGGACGUCUCUCUCUUCCACUCCUGAGGGGUUGAGGUGUUUCUAUCGAACAAAACUGAAAACUACAGCAUUCUGUAUCUCAGGGAAAUAGCGGACUGAGGAUUGAAGGCUGUAUCUUAAUGUUCGAAAAGCCUUAACGGUGGAAUUACAAAGUAAACAAAAAGAGAACUUGGUUCACAUAUAGCUAGCUACAGCUAUUUAUAUAUAGAAGAUAUGGUAUAUUCUUGUUUUCCAUUUUUCUUCUUUCUCUAGGGCAAUAGUAACUGUUGAAAUAUACAUACUUGACGGCAACCAUUCCCUUUAUGUUCUACUCCAUCAUCAGCCUUUUAAGAGGACACAGUUUUAUGCUACAAAAGCCACAAUGAGCUAAAUUUACCAUUAUGGGGCUGAAAUUUGAGACACCUUUGCCAUGGCUAUAAUCCAUUCCAAUUCAUUUUUUUGUUUUUGGGAAUGAUCUGAUAUGCUUUUUUUAUAGAAUGCUGCUUGAGUGUCCACAUAAUUUAUCAAAUUAGUAUAAACUAAGACUGUCCAGUAGGAAAUCGUAAUGGUGCACAAUAAAAUCAUUCGACAAAUCUGUGCUUACACCGCUCAGGUUAAGCAACGUUAUCACACAUUGCCCUGCAAUCUCUCUCUUUCUGUGAAAUGUCACAUUUUAAUCCAAAUAAAUAUGUUUCAUAUAGUCAUGUAUCACAAAGAUUUGAUUCUCUUCUUGAAGGUAAAAUGAUAUAAACGGUGUCUGUAGACACAUCGAGUCACUCAGGACAGCGUUUACUCUUGAGGAGUACGUAGAAUGACGUUUAUAUACAUGGUGUAACACUUUCAACGAGCAAAAUCAAAUUGUAUUAUGCUUUUUUUCUGACAUGCAAUUAGAGCAAAACUGGCAAAAUAUUAUUACUGUUAAAGCCAUUUGCUCUUCAUCUUCUGUGGUAAAUCUGAGGCCUUGCCAUAUGCAGUAAAGAUCACUUUCACCUAGUAUUGCUUUCCAGAGGCAAUCCCAAAAAACUUUUUCUUUGCCUGACAAUUGAUUGUACCAGAUUUCCAUGUAUCAAAAUAAUAUUAAAUCUCAGUGAGACCAAUUUGUGUGAGAAGGUUGAAUGCAUUUCUUGUUCCAGAUAUUCAGAGUUGAUUCAUCACUUAUUUUCUCUUUAAAAACUACAAGUUUUUUUUUUUCUUCUAGUAACUAGAAAUUAGUGUUUAAAAAAAUCAUAUUUAGAAAAUUAGAAAUUAUGUAAAUCAGAAUGACUUUAAAAAGUCUUUGGUCAAAAUGUACAGAACAUUGCACGUAAUACAUAUGCAGGACACCAUAUUUCAAAGUAACUUUUAUUCUUAGUCAUAACCUUUAAAGGAACACUCCACCUUUUUUGAAAAUAGGCUCAUUUUCCAACUCCCCUAGAGUUAAACAGUUGAGUUUUACCGUUUUCGAAUCCAUUCAGCUGAUCUCCGGGUCUGGCGGAACCACUUUUAGCAUAGCUUAGCAUAGUUAAUUGAAUUUGAUUAGACCGUUAGCAUCUCGCUCAAAAAUGACCAAAGAGUUUUCGAUAUUUUUCCUAUUUAAAACUUGACUCUUCUGUAGUUACAUCGUGUACUGUUUAACUCUAGGGGAGUUGGAAAAUGAGCCUAUUUUCAAAAAAAGUGGAGUGUUCCUUUAAUAACCAAGAGAUCUUGUGUAGUCUAUAUACACUUUUGCUGUAUACAAAACUUAAGUGACUGUUCUCAAGAUAGAAGUGUUCAUGGAAAUUAUUUCUGAAUACAAACAGAAUGGAAGAAAACAAUACAGGUAACCAUCAUUAAAAACACAUUUUGCUGUUUUUCUAAAAUAUUGGCUAUAAAUGGCUCUUUAUGGAUUGCUCUUUAUGGAUGCCUUUUUAAAGUGUUUUAACUAAAAUUCUUAUCCAGAUAUAAAAGUCAUGGAAAAUUAUCGGGUUUUAUCAAAAUGGGUGACUAUAUUUAUUAGAUCCAUUAAAUGGAACCUUAUCUGACUGUCAGCAGUAGUUGGGAGUGUAUCUAAUCACUGGUACUACACUUAGUAUACUACACUAAGAUUUGGACAUUUGAAAUUAGUUAAUAUUAAAAUUUAUUUUAGCAUUGAUCGAAUUCACGUAAUGGUCAUGUGCCAGACAAGAGCUCAUAGAGCGCAAAAGGCACCAUAGCGCCAUCUUGUGUUAGUUUACUAAUAUAAGCAAAGGAAUUUCCCAGAAACCAUUGCGCUGAAACGCUAUAAAAUGCAAAGCGACGAGUUCAUUCGGUCUCAUUCUUCCGCUGCGCUUCCAGGAUAAGGCCCAGUUUCUUGAAGACUUUAAUAAAGGCGGGAGACAGCAGGAAUCGAGCGAUCUGAAGCAGUGCUACAUUGUGUCCAAGGACCAUGUGUUAUGCAGUUGAGUCUAAAGGUUUCUCAAGAAGCUGGAACAAGAUGUAUGAAGAUGCUGUCAGCUGAGUAUGGCCCAGUUUCUUGAAGACUUUGAUAAAGGUGGGGGACCACAGGAAUGGAGUGUAUCUGAAGCAAUGCUACAUUUGUCCAAGGAACAUGUGCUAUGCAGUUGAAUCUAAAGGUUUCUCAAGAAGCUGGGACAAGAUGUAUGAAGAUACUGUCAGCUGAGCAUGCAUGAGAACUGUAUGGGCGCAAUCCUAUCUGUUCUACUCUAAUGACUAUGGGUAAACUGGCUGUCUGAAUCACUUGCUGGGACAGAUGACCAGUGUAACAUGCUGAAUGGUGCUCAUGAUGUGUCUGCUCAUUGACAGGUACAGCGGCGAAGUCUUUGUAGUAUCCACGUGGGUUUGGAUGCAGUGUUUUUUACAGGAGUUCAAGAUCAUUAAGGAUGGCUCAAAUUAUGGUAUCAUAAGAAUGGCAUCGCCUGCAUCACUUCUCUUCUGAAUUGUUCCAGAACUUCAGUUUUGUUUUCUGAUUAGAGGUCAUUUGUCCCUUUUUGAAGUGGUUAAAGCUUUCAAGUGUGUUUUGUUAACUAACUUUGUAAAGUGUUGCUUCAAUAAAGUGGUAUUAAAAUCAAA